UCUUCCCUUUCGUCUUUCCAUCUGCGGCCGUAGGCGAACCGGCGAAACCGUUGGCCUCAAAACCCCAAUCCACCCACCCCGCCUGCCCCCGCCCGGCAAUGGCUUUACUGUAAGGAUCUCAUCUCCUCCUCGAUUCCCAGAUCGGAUUCGGCCAUGUCGAGCUCCACCGCGGCUAACUCAUGGACUCCUCUUUUGUCGGUGGGGCGGCAGAGAUCUGUUUGCGCCAGGGCGAAGUUAUCCGGAUCUCUGUGGAAGGUUCGUAGGCGGAUCGCCUGCGGUUGCAGCGCUCCUCCAUGGAAUUCGAGGAACGGCCAUCCGACCGCUGAAAGCUCCACUUCAUCAUUAUCAGAGAAGUUAGGAAUGGAUAAACAAGGAAUUGAAGAAUCCAAUGUCCUCAUUGAGUGUAGAGAUGUUCAUAAAUCUUUUGGCGAUAAACGAAUACUAGAAGGAGUUAACUUCAAGAUUAGACAUGGAGAAGCUGUUGGGAUAAUUGGGCCAUCAGGAACUGGCAAAUCAACAAUUCUGAAGAUCAUGGCUGGUCUUUUAUCACCUGACAAGGGAGAAGUCCUUAUAUGUGGGAAACAGAGACAUGGAUUGGUCAGUGACGAAGAGAUAUCAGGUCUUCGGAUUGGCCUGGUUUUCCAGAGUGCAGCGCUUUUUGAUUCCCUCACAGUACGUGAAAACGUCGGUUUUCUACUGUAUGAGAACUCACGCAUGCCAGUGGAUCAUAUAUCAAACCUUGUGACAAAGACUUUGGCAGCAGUUGGUCUGAAGGGUGUAGAAGACCGUAUGCCUUCUGAACUCUCUGGAGGCAUGAAAAAGCGUGUAGCCCUGGCUCGAUCAAUAAUUUUUGAUGAAACAAAGGAGAUAAUAGAACCAGAGGUGCUUUUGUAUGAUGAACCUACUGCAGGACUCGAUCCAAUUGCAUCGACUGUUGUGGAAGACCUAAUUCGUUCAGUGCACAGCACGGGGCAAGAUUCCCUGGGACAUACGGGAAAGGUAGCAUCGUAUGUGGUUGUAACGCAUCAACACAGUACAAUAAGAAGGGCCGUCGAUAGAUUGCUAUUUCUUUACCAAGGAAAGGUUGUCUGGGAAGGAAUGACUCAUGAAUUCAACACCACAUUGAAUCCUAUUGUGAGACAGUUUGCAUCAGGUAGCUUGGAUGGCCCCAUCAGAUACUGAAGCCUUUCCGAGCCUAUUUUCACAGGGAAUGAGGUCUAAUAUUUUGUCUUUUGCUGUUAAAGUUCGAUAAGCAUGUUCUUAAGCCGGGCUUAGCCUUGAAUAUUAAAUGAUAGCAACGUCUAUUUGUUUCGCAAAAAAUAAUUUACAAUGAUUUUUCAGGUAAAUUUUCAUAGGAAAA